GCCGCUGUGCCGGCGCCCGGCCGCCAGCGCGCGGGGCCGCUGGAGCCGCCGGCACCGCUCGGCACCGCUCGGCAGGUGGCGGGCUCUGAGGUAGGUGCGGCGGCGGCGAGCCUCCAGGGUGUGGCGCCGUGGCCCCCUGCGGCCCACGGGGCCCGCCGAGCGCCCGGUGCCCUGGAGCCCGCGCCCGGCCGCAUGCGCGCAGGGACCCCGGCGGCCAAGUUCCUCUCGGCUCGGCAGGUGACGGACACCGACGUGAGGGCACCGGAAGUCCCACCCGCGGUCCCUGACCAGCUCUUGUGCCAGGCAGGUCUGAGGACUCGGCCGAGGACAGCCCCGGACAGAGACCUCUGACCCACGCCCAGCCCUUCGACCCACCUGCCCAGCGCUGUCCUGCCUUGGAGCAGAGGAGCCAGGAUCUGCCUGCUGUCCCCGGACAAACCGCAGGCGUGCAGGAGAGGAGCGUCAGUCAGCAAAUGGCGAUGGUUUUCGGGAGACGAGAGAGCAGUGAGGGGUUCUGUGGCCUCGCGCACUGGUGCCGGCGGCUGUGCCCCGCGCGGCCGGAAGAAGAGUACUCUGACAUUUUUUUACAGGAGCGGGAGGAGCAGCCGUCUCCUCGCAGCUCGUCUGACCCUCCUGUGCCCGGCGCCCAGGCCCAGGCUGAGCCGAGCGGGCAGCAUCCAGGAAAACCAGGAUUUGCUACCUCCGAAAAGCGAGUAAGACGUUUUCACCUGAAUUCACUCUUUUUAAGCUGCCGUCAGCCAGUCGUUUCCGAUGAGCCUGACCUUGAUGGUCUGGUGAAUGAUAUGAAUACAUCCUUGGAGAGUCUGUGCCCAUCAUCUAGCAGCAUGCAGACCGAGACGGUGCCCCUGCGCCAGAGCACCCGUGGCCAGCCACCACCCUCAGGGGCUCGGAACGCGGAGCCGCAGGCGUCUGGACAGCAGAAGGUGCAGCGCUCCCAGCCCAUGCACAUCCUGGCUGUCAGUUUUAGGUUCCUAACAAAAUUCAGAGGAAGAUACAGAGAUUUCCUGUACACUCCCCUCCCCAAUCGUCAACAUUCCCAGCAGAGGCGCCUGCAGGAGGAGGACCAGCAGCUGAAAACCUCGUCGCUGCCGGCCAUCCCCAACCCUUUCCCGGAGCUCGGCAAAAAGGAUGGCCCCUCUGCGCUCCAGGCGGGCGCGGGCGCCGGCUCUGCUUCGGCCUCGGCCUCGGCCUCGGCCUCGGGCCCAGGCCCGCUGCUGAUUCCCAGCCAGCCUCCGGCGAAGAAGGAUGUUAAAAUCUUUGGUGAGGACGGGACAUGCAAAGUGGUGGAGAUUCCAGUGGACAUGAAGUCCCGGGACCUGUGCCAGCUGCUGGUGUACCGCACUCACUGUGUGGACGACAACACUUGGUCCCUGGUGGAGUACCACCCUCACCUGGGGAUCGAGCGGUGUGUGGAAGACCAUGAGCUGGUGGCCCAGGUGGACAGCACCAUGGCCGGCGAGAGCAAGUUUCUGUUCAGGAAGAAUUAUGGCAAAUACGAGUUCUUCAAGAACCCCAACAACUUCUUCCCGGACCAGAUGGUCACCUGGUGCCAGCAGUCCAACGGGGGUCAGAACCAGAUGCUGCAGAACUUCCUGAACACCAGCAGCUGCCCCGAGAUCCAGGGCUUCCUGCAGGUGAAGGAGCUGGGGCGGAAGUCCUGGAAGAAGAUGUACCUGUGCCUGCGCCGCUCGGGGCUCUACUGCUCCACCAAGGGCUCCUCCAAGGAGCCCAGGCACUUGCAGCUGAUGGCCGACCUGGAGGACUGCAGCGUCUUCACGGUGAUCUCCGGCAAGAAGCAGUACCACACCCCCACGGAGUUCGGCUUCUGCCUCAAGCCAAACAAAGUGCUGCAGGAGACAAAGGAGCUGCGGGUGCUGUGCGCAGAGGACGAGCAGGGCCGCCUCUGCUGGAUCACCGCUUUCCGCCUGCUCAAGUAUGGAAUGAGCCUCUACCAGAACUAUCGGCUCCCCAACCACAGAAAGCCAGCCUACCUGAGCGCUCUCUCCGGGCCCGCGCGCAGUGUCUCUGAGAACUCCCUCGUGGCCAUGGACUUCUCCGGACAGACCGGGAGAGUGAUCGACAACCCUGACGAGGCUGAGAGUGCGGCCCUGGAGGAGGGCCACGCCUGGCGGAGACGCAGCACCAGGAUGAGUGCCCUGGGCGGCAAUAGCCCCCUGGCUCAUGCCUCCCUCAACACCGUGAUUCACAAGAGCCAGCACUGGUUCCAUGGCCGCAUCUCCAGGGAGGAGUCCCACAGGAUCAUCAAGCAGCAGGGGCUGGUGGACGGGCUCUUCCUGGUCCGCGACAGCCAGAGCAACCCCAAGGCGUACGUGCUCACGCUGAGCCACCACCAGAAAAUCAAAAAUUUCCAGAUCUUACCUUGUGAGGAGGAGGGCCAGGUGUUCUUCAGCCUGGACGAUGGGAACACCAAGUUCUCCGACCUGAUCCAGCUCGUCGACUUCUACCAGCUCAACAAGGGGGUGCUGCCCUGCAAGCUGAAGCACCACUGCGUGCGCGUGGCCUUGUGACUCGCUCCGCGCGGCCGGCGGCUGGGGCGCCCCGAGGCCGGGGCCUCAGACCCGCCUGAGCUGUGCCGGAGGGAGCUCACACUGGAAGGAGCAGGAGGCCUUUGCAUGGUGGAAACACACUUCGAUUCUGCGCCGGGGGAGCAAGCCCUCCCUCUGGUGCCACCCCCCCCAUUGGAUAGUCCUUGGGUGUCACCGCGAGGUGCUGCCGGGACCCUGCCCACCACACGGGCUGAAAGAGCGAGUGCUGAACCGGAGGAAACGGGAACCAGCGUCCUGGCGGGGCCGCGUGUGAAUCAUAGCAGUGAUUGGAAAUAAACUCUUGCCCUGGAAUAAUCUUGACAAUUCAAACUGACAUGUUUACUUUUUUGUAUUGAUCCCUCUUUUGCACUCCUUGUUUUCAAUGUUGUAUUCAGCCCCUGGUGGCGGGGACACGGCUGUGCAGCGCAUACAAGACGGAGAGAAGUUUCACGCGGACGGUAGACGUUGCCGACGGAGCAGAGGUACCGGAGGGCGGCCGCCUGCAGGUCACCGCGGGCGGACUCAGCGUCCAGUGAUCAGCGCCCCGCCCUCCCCCGUUUACCGGCAAAGCUUCUAAGGACAUCUAGGUGUCACCUGCGGCCGCAUUGGACACGCUUCGUGGACCAGUCCAGCAGCCACCGUCCGUCACGCUCUCUCCGCACAAGGUGCCGCGCUCAUGCUCCCAGGUGCCCGUCCUCCGCAGCCAGGAGCCUUCGUUUCCGGGGACGCCCCGCCCGCCCGCCCGGCCGAGUCCCCCGCUGGUUGGAGACAGGCAGCUUUCUUGAGACUCUGCUACUCUCGUCUGCCCGUGGUCCAUCCCGUGGUCCGUCCGCCGGCGCCCCUGCCGCCUGUUCUAGAAGGAUCACUGCCUGAGCCUCCUCAUGGCUGUCCUCCCUCGGGGACUCUAGGCUCUGAUGAGAAAUGUCACCUGCUUGGCUUCCUGCAGAGACCCGCAGGUUUCCAUGGUGACACGGAUGGAAACAUUGAAAGGGCACCAUGUCUCCGCCCAGAUUUGUGAGUUUCCAUGGUGACACGGAUGGAAACCUUGAGAGGGUACAUCCCUGCCCGGAUUGGCAGGUUUCCAUGGUGACACGGAUGGAAACGUUGAAAGGGCAUGUCCCAACCCAGAUUCACGGGUUUCCAUGGUGACACAGAUGGAAACGUUGAAAGGGCACCAUAUCUUUCCCAGAUUUGAGUUUCCAUGGUGACAUGGAUGGAAACCUUGAAAGGGCAUGCCCCCGCCUGGAUUGGCGGGUUUCCAUGGUGACACAGAUGGAAACAUUGAAAGGGCACCAUGGUCCAGGCCCAGAUUCCCGGUUUCCAUGGUGACACAGAUGGAAACAUUGAAAGGGCACCAUGUUUCUGGCCCAGAUUUGCAGGUUUCCAUGGUGACACAGAUGGAAACAUUGAAAGGGCACCAUGUUUCUGGCCCAGAUUUGCAGGUUUCCAUGGUGACACAGAUGGAAACAUUGAAAGGGCACCAUGUUUCUGGCCCAGAUUUGCAGGUUUCCAUGGUGACACAGAUGGAAACAUUGAAAGGGCACCAUGUUUCUGGCCCAGAUUUGCAGGUUUCCAUGGUGACACAGAUGGAAACAUUGAAAGGGCACCAUGUUUCUGGCCCAGAUUUGCAGGUUUCCAUGGUGACACAGAUGGAAACAUUGAAAGGGCACCAUGUUUCUGGCCCAGAUUUGCAGGUUUCCAUGGUGACACAGAUGGAAACAUUGAAAGAGCACCAUGUUUCUGGCCCAGAUUUGCAGGUUUCCAUGGUGACACAGAUGGAAACAUUGAAAGGGUACCAUGUUUCUGGCCCAGAUUUGCAGGUUGCCAUGGUGACACAGAUGGAAACGUUGAAAGGGCACCAUGUUUCUGGCCCAGAUUUGCAGGUUGCCAUGGUGACACAGAUGGAAACAUUGAAAGGGCACCAUGUUUCUGGCCCAGAUUUGCAGGUUUCCAUGGUGACACAGAUGGAAACAUUGAAAGGGCACCAUGUUUCUGGCCCAGAUUUGCAGGUUGCCAUGGUGACACAGAUGGAAACGUUGAAAGGGCACCAUGUUUCUGGCCCAGAUUUGCAGGUUUCCAUGGUGACACAGAUGGAAACAUUGAAAGGGCACCAUGUUUCAGGCCCGGAUUUGCUGGUUUCCAUGGUGACACGGAUGGAAAAAUUGAAAGGGCACCAUGUUCCAGACCUGGAUUGGUGGGUUUCCAUGGUGACAAGGAUGGAAAAAUUGAAAGGGCACCAUGUUCCAGGCCUGGAUUGGUGGGUUUCCAUGGUGACAAGGAUGGAAAAAUUGAAAGGGCACCAUGUUCCAGGCCCGGAUUGGCGGGUUUCCAUGGUGACAAGGAUGGAGAAAUUGAAAGGGCACAUUCUGGCCCAGCUUUGCGGCCUGUGCCUGAUGCCCCCGGCCUAAGACCGGUGCGGGAGGCAGCUGGCGGCCUCUGCCGCCUCGUCCCUCACAGCAGCGGGGACGUGGACCAGCCUGGUCAGCGGGACACGCUCCCACUCCGGGGCCGCUCGGACGGUGCCCGGUCCCAGAGGGGUGUCCCCAGUCUGAGAGUGGCCAUGUCUUUCUUUCCUUUGGUCUCUGACGAGCACACAGACCUCUGUGGUGCAAGUGAUUUUCUUGUCUAGUAGCAGCUCCGAUGUUGACUGGCCUCUGUGCGCCCGCUGACCCCCCGAGGGGUCCCCAGAAACACACAGGCCUGGCCCCGGGCCGCGCCGUGGUCAGUCAGUGCAGGGGAAGCUGUUACUCUACAGGCCACACUCUGGUUGUUUUCUGUGCCUGUCCAUUUAUGCAAAUGAAGAAGUUUUAGUAGACGUUUUUAGCUAUAGUUACUCAAUUGUGUUUUCUUUUUUUGUACCCAGUUUAUCUUUCAUAGCCUUGACCCUGGCGGGCCUCCCGUUGUGCUGGCGGUGCUGCCCGCCCACCUGAGGGACUGAUGUGACCGCCCCUCGCUGGCCGAACGUGAGCCUGAGCAUGGGAAGGUCCCCGCCUCUCCCGCUGAGUAGGCCAGGCCAGGCCGGCAGUGAGGCGAGGCCCGCCGUCCCCGUAGAUGGCUAGUGUUUGCGGCAUUUCAUAUUUAUACGCACGCGUUUUAUUUAAAGGACAGCAGGAGCCCGACUCUGACUCAGUUUCGCAUGUAGCUGUGUGCCCGGCCCGUGGCACCUUCCAGCCUCCACCAGUCGACGCGAGUGCAGGCCUGGCACAGGGUCCUCGCCCUGCCCGGCCGGGAGGGCCCGACAGCAGCCGGUCCCUGGACGAGGCAUCGCCACCGCCGGCCAGGGGCUGAAGACAUCGGCCUUUAUUUUUGUAUUUCAGUGACGUGAAUGUAAACGGGACAGCUCAGGGUCGUGUGGAGCCUGUUGGGUUUUUCUCUGCCUGUGAUUUCUUUUCUUUUUCAGUGAUACUCGUGUAACCGCCUGGGCCAGAUGGGAGGGAGGAGGGCGCCGUGCUGCGGUGUCGGCCCCCAGCGUGCUGGGGAGGGUCCCAGGAUGCUUUUUUGUUUGCUAAACUUUGAAGAAAUAUGUGCCUCAGUCUAGAAGUCUUGUCCUCUCUCCUCUGCAUGUGGCCCUGGCAGUCUGACCAGUGUCUCGCCCCUCGGGGUGGGACUCGCUCGCCCUGUGUGACGCUGCAGCGAGCCGCGCGGCCCCGCGCCCGCGCCCAGGGUGCAGACGGUGCAGAGACAAGCUCUCCUCAUGUGCUUUGCUCCUCUUUGUACAUAGCUCCUCAGCUCAUGAACCUAAGUACACACUUUCAGGUAUUUUUGUACCAAUAAGGGACUGGUGAUCUGUUUCUUGUAAUUUGAAAUAAACAUUAAUAAACAUACAGUGUUCUUCAUUUUC